CGGCGUCCCAAGAUGGCGGCGGCUGUAGCGCCCGGGAGGCCGAGGGAGCGUCCGGGCUGUUGAGGUGGCUCCGCGGGGCAAGCGACGGGUCGGCCGGACCAAAGGGCGGCGGCGGAGGCACGGCCGCCCGGCGUGCAGAGCCGGGGCUUGGCGGUGCCACCGGCAGCGGUGCCGGGGGAUGCUGGUGCUGGGCCGGGCCUCUCCCUCAACUUAGGGCGGCGGCAGGCCCGCACCCCUGGUCCCCGGACCAUGGCGCUGAGGGAACUCAAAGUGUGCCUGCUGGGGGAUACUGGUGUGGGUAAAUCAAGCAUCGUAUGGCGAUUCGUGGAAGACAGUUUUGAUCCGAAUAUCAAUCCUACCAUAGGGGCAUCUUUUAUGACCAAGACUGUCCAGUACCAAAAUGAGCUACAUAAAUUCCUAAUCUGGGAUACAGCUGGACAAGAACGAUUUCGUGCAUUGGCACCGAUGUACUAUCGAGGGUCAGCAGCAGCCAUCAUCGUUUAUGACAUCACAAAAGAAGAGACGUUUUCAACGCUCAAGAACUGGGUGAGAGAGCUCCGCCAGCAUGGCCCCCCUAGCAUUGUUGUUGCCAUUGCUGGGAACAAAUGCGAUCUUACCGACGUCAGGCCGAAGAAUUCCAUCCACAGAUGCCAACCCGCCGUCUGGCGGCAAGGGCUUCAAACUCCGAAGACAGCCAUCGGAGCCAAAGCGAAGCUGCUGCUGACGACCCGGGUCCCCACACUAAUGAAGAAGCAGGUGGUCCUGGAUGUUGCAGGAGGGCCAGUCCCUGCCAUUGGCAGCCGCCUCGUGCCCUGGAGUCUUCUUCAUGCAAAAAGGACUCAGAGGAACUGGCUGUUGGGUACUCUUGGAAGACUGCACCAGGUGUUUCUAACUGCAGACUUGUGUCGUGGACUCUGGUGUUCAAAGGGACCACAUCCUUGGCUGCUGACUAGCUGAAAGGAGCAUCUGAUGUAUGGAUGGUAGGACUGAAUUGCAGGUACUUUUGUAAUCAGGAUGUCGUGUAUCAUUUGUAAAGGGAAACGAGCACUUUUGUGGAUCUUGAGGGAAAACGCUGUGGAGAUGACCAUCUCCUUGGUCCUUGUCGCUAGUGUCAGAGUCGCAUCAUUUAAGAUGUGGAAAAUGAUCACAAGUGGAGGGACGGUUGGCCCUGGAACAGUUUCCACCAUCUCUCAAGCACUUUCAUACACAGUAAAUUAACACCACGGCGGCGGCGGCCUGGUUCACCUCGGGUUUCCUUCUGACCCUGUAUGUGUCUCCACACAUUAGUUUUAUCAUUACCUUUCUCAGUAAGCUCUCAUGGUCCAGGUGAUGGUGUAGAGAUGCUACCUGGAGCCAGUUGAGAUGAGCAGUGCUUUAAAAGGAAGAGAGAAAGAACAAAGGAAAUGAUUUUUUUUUUGGUUUUUGGUCCAGGUAUUUGGUGGAAAAACAAAAACAAAUGUGUGCUGCCUAGCAUAUGUACAUUUGUAGUCUAUAUUUAUGAGACCAUUGCUUACAAUUAUAAAUUAUGUAAAUACAUUAAUAACUUUUGAAUUCCACAUUUAGUACUCCAUUUAGUCAUGCACCCACUCAUUUUUCAGCCAGUCCACAGGAGAUUUUGAAGCGCAUUCACCUUGUGCAAAAGCAUGGAGCACUUAGCUCACAGUUCCUUCCUCCUCCCCUUGCCCUUCUGCAUCCCAUCUGGAAAUGGUAAUAAAGACUUCUGCCUCCUUGACAAGCCGACCAGUCCUUGCUAGCCUGGGGCAAGUGAGAGCCUAGCACCCAGCACUCACCUGGCCUUAGCAGUAGGGAGCUCAGACCAACUGUGUUGACAGUGCUUUGUAUAUAACAGCCAGUCUGCCUCACCUCCUUUAUUCUCUCUUGCCUCUGCUAGUGCUUUGCACUCUUUUCCCUCAGGAGCCUAAUGAGGUUCUUAAUAUAAUCUAAAAAUAAAGCCCCCAAGUGAAACUGCUGGAAAUUUAUUCCUGGUCUAAUUUGGCACUCUUCCAGCCCAAGUAUUGUAAGGGAAGGAAAUUUACAAGAUUAAAUAGGAAAUGAAACAGCUUGAAUUUCAAACCAAAUUGUGUUUUCAGAGCUGUCCUUAACUGAACAGUCAAAACUUUUCAAAACAACUGUUACUACUUUGCGCCCUCCCAUACACGCUUCACAUGGAGAGGUUUUAGCAAAAGGGCAGCCCAGAUGACACAGACCUGGGUGAGGCCUCGUGAGCGUCUCAGUUGUUUACUCUUACUCAAGUCAGACUGGGAGCUCCUUGUGUGGACUCAGUGUCACCUCAUCCCUGAGCCUCCUGCACAGCAUUAAAUUCUCACACAUGAGAAAACCCUGUGAUUUCCCAAGACUGAGGUGCUUCCACCUGCAGUGGCUUGAUACGACUUGACAUACACCUGCAGAAAACAGCACUGCUCAGCUCAUGUGGACGAGGCUGCCCAUGUGAGACCCUUUCUGUCUCAUUUCACCAAAAGACGGUAUAAAUUCAUGACCUGAACAGUCCAGUAAAUUCUGGAAGUCGUGGGACAUGCAGUGACUGCUCUCCUGUGGCACAUGUGACUUCUCUAGCUGAUUCCCUCUCAUGUGACAUGGAGGGAGUGACUCUGGCCAUGGCUGCAUGUCUUCCCAACAGAAUGAACAGCAUGACUCAUGGUCAUGAUCCUGUGUUCAUGUCUUUCUUGCCCUCUCUGUCACCAGUCUGUCCAAGAAAUGAAGGGGGCUGCCCUGUCUGUGGUGUCGUGUACUGCCUAAUGGCAGUGGAUUGCAGCUGGGCCCACACUCCAUGGUCAGUGAACACAGGGAGGUCUCCAUGUCCUUUCUUCCUAUAAAAUGUAUAUUAAAAUGUAGGCAGACAUAGUGCUUUAUUCUGACCACAUUGUCUCCUGGUUGUUUCUUAGGAGAAAUAGCCAGACUCCAAAGGCAUUGAGACAUUGCUCCUCCAAAAAAAAAAUCUUUGGUUCCAAAUGAUGCAGGGCCAUUUUUAAAAACUUUGAAGACUGAACAGAAGGGGCAAGAUCUUUAAUUAACUGCCAGUGUGUAUUGAUUUCUUUCAGAGAAAUUGAAAUAAGCUCCUUGCAGGUGUCCAAUCCUAGGAGCCACUGGUCUCUCAAUCUCUUCUUUUACAUAAGUGUUUUUCUGAUUCUGUGAUAACUAAUUAACUAUCAUUUGGUGAUUAAAAGAACAUAAAGUGAGAGUCUGAUUAAGUGUCCUUCAGUGUAAACUCUGUGAGAAGUGAUUGGAGAGAAAUACCUACUGCAAGCCCUUCUGGUUCCCAAUGAAAUUCCAUUGCCUGCUUGUCAGCUUCAGCCAAGACAAGCACUGUACAUGGCAGUCGGAAGAUUUAUUCCUUUUAGAAUAGCCUGGGUCCUUGUUCCCCAUUUAUGAUGAUAGUUGAAGUGCCCACUUCUUCUCAUUGUACUCCUCUUCCUUGGACGCCUACCCAAGUCCAAGGAUCAAGAUUUUCUUAUGAGAGACAUGGUUAUAUCAAGAGGCCAGUAUCAUUGUGAAGAUUAGCUGUUCUCUGGAUUGUUAAAUCUGUGAUGGGGGCUGGCAGUGACCCACAUUUAAUUUCAGAACUUAACCUAUAAGUCUUACAUCUGUUCCUUGUCUCCAGGGGAAAUGGGUUUGAGGACUUUUAAAGCUCUUAAGAGAUACAGCUGAGAGUGUUCUGUAGGUUGCUGUCACCCGGCACCCAGGGGGCUGCCAAACCAGAGGGUCUGCUGCUGUAGUUCAAGGUUCCCAUGUUUGAGUGGGUGGGUUCAGUUUUGGGGUACACUGCGUGUCAGUACAUCGGCCUCCAUGUCCCAAAAGGCAAUGGUUCGCUGCCUUCUGUCUUUUCUAUUGCAAAAGAGGCUGAUGGGGUUCCUUUCAACAUUUCUCACCCAUUCAUUCAGAGACUGUGACAUGUGGACCCUCAUACUAUGUGAUCUCUGCAACUAGCCCUUAGCCACCCGUGUGUCUGCAAGACCCUGCAGGAGUCAGGAGAGAAUCCUCCUGGGGAAAGGUAGCUGGGAACCCUUAGCUCUUCUCUAACCACCAGUCGUGCUUCAGAGCAUGGCAGCCAGACAGGUGGCUUGGAUCACAAAACUUACCAGGCUCUUCAGCCUGAUUCUGGUGAGGGCAGAGUGGUCAUGGAAUCCCUUGGAAGUUCUUACUUAAAUUUAUUUUGAAGGGACAAGCAGCACAAUUUUUGUUCAUUGUUUGAUUUUAUCAGUUUUUAAGGAAGAAAUGGGAUAUACUUUUAAGAUUCAAGCUGUUAACUAAGCCUUCAAGGGGGGGGUGAUGAUAAAAGAUGUUGGUUUAAGACAACCCAUGAAUGAUUUUUUUUUUUUUUUAUGAGGUUGAUGAGAUAGCUCGGCAGGUAAAGGCACUUGCUGCUAAGGCUAAUGACACAAGUUCAAUCCCUGGAACCCACAUAGUAGAAGGAGAAGAAUUCCACAAGUUGUCCUCUGAUCUCCACAUGUCCUCCCACACUACACACACACACACACAAAUAAGUGUCAUAAUGUUUAAAAAAUGUUCUGUGCAGUACAUUAUCUAGAAGACAAACAGAGCACUGUGCAGUUUAGGAAAAGAAGGGUCAGGUAGACUUUAGCCUGAGACUUAUAAGAUGACCUCGACAGAUUUCCUGUGACGGCAGAGAUCUUGUCCAGGGAUAGAAAACCAGGCAAUCUGAUUAUCUGAUUUGCAAGAAAUGUUAAUGGAAUUCCAGGGCAUUUAUCCUGUUUUAUGUGCAAAUGAAGCUCUAAAAAAUAUUAGAAGGGUAUUACCCUUCUCAGAAGGUGAUGAGUGAGGGGCCUACACUGAUGAAGUUCAUUAGACAUGCUAAGAAGGGCAAAUGAAUAGAGCUUGGAAUCACUGUAUUUCUCAGCUCGUCCUUCAGGAUGCUCCGAGCAUGUAGGAGUGAUUUACUCUCUGGAGCUAGGACUUCCACCAGCAUAGAUCAAGUUUAAUUUGAUGGUCUGUACCAUCAGAAAUAACUACUAUCUGUGUUCUUUCCUCUCAGAGGGUAAUCAAUUAGAGAUGUGCUAGAAUAUUUUUGGCUUCAAAACAAAAGGAUUCAGAAGUUUAAUAAAAUAGAAUCUCAGCCCUUCCAUCGAUUCCUUUCAUUAUGUUGAACGUUUUAGAUAGCAAGAUUAGAAUAUAUAAAUAGUAGAUGGUAAGAUUGAAACCAUAAUGUCCAAAAAACUUGCAGGAAAAAAAUGUUUUAAUUUGCUGUGAGUUCAUUUUAUGGUGCCCAGUGCCUCAUCAAAAUGCUGCAUGAUUACAACAAGCAGAAACCCGGGUAGGUCUCCACAGACACGACUUAAGUGCCAAGCUCUGUCUCCCAAUUAAUGGGGAACCUAAGACAGUAAUGACUUUUUUAGAGCCUUCUUUAAUUGACAGUUUUCAAGCGUGGGUCUUAAUGUCCUCCUUAAUCGCACAGUAGAAAUGGCCUGCUGCUUUCCUCAUGCCACUUCUUGAUUUAGGAACUUGACAGUGUUUAGAGGCGGGUUGUGGACAGCAGUCCACUGAAGGGAUUCAUCUUUACCUAGAACUAACUGUAACAUUGUCAAGGAGGCCCCCAAAGCAUCCAAAACCCAGUGUGUGCUUCAUCCACUGCUCCACAAAGCAGGGCUUCAAUUACUUGCUCAGCCAGCCUGGAGUCCUCUCCAUGCUCACCAGCUCCAGAUCACUGCCAGACUCUGCCCAUUAUACUGUUUGCUUUUAGGGCUUGUCUUAACAUUGUUUGACCACCAUUAACACUUGGCAUUUACACUUUAACUAUCCAUUUCACCCCUUGGAAAAGCUUGGAAGCAAGGAUGGAGCCCCCCGCCCCCCAAAUCCCUUUUUGUUGCUACUACAUGGUCAUGAAAUUUUCUCAACUUGGGUCAUUCCCCCACGAUGUCAGAGAGACCAGUUAGAUUGGUGGGGGAGGAUGAGUGGCAGCUGGGUAGUCAGCAGCUGAUGUGGCUCUGUUUUUAAACCAUUGGUUGUGUUCUGUAGAUAUAACUUUAUUGCCCUGGGAAGGAUCUUUUUUUCUUUUUUAAUGUCCCACUCAGGCCGGGCGGUGGUGGCGCACGCCUUUAAUCCCAGCACUCGGGAGGCAGAGGCAGGCGGAUCUUUGUGAGUUCGAGACCAGCCUGGUCUACAAGAGCUAGUUCCAGGACAGGCUCCAAAACCACAGAGAAACCCUGUCUCGAAAAGCCAAAAAAAAAAAAAAAUGUCCCACUCAGUCUUUCCAUCAUUUUACAUCACAAGUCACUUAUACCAUCAUCCAUCACUGCUCUGACCUUCAGAAAUUAUGGCCUGCCUUCCUUAUGAUCAACACUGAAUUCUUGCCUUACUCUCAUUUUCUGUGGGCUCUCCCUCAGGCACCCUGCCCCAGCGAUCUCGGCAUGUAUGGUAUGCCCUUCCCUGUGGGGAAAACAGCCCCCAGGACUUCCAAAAGGGCAGUAGGCAGCAUGAGCCUGCAAGGCAAACACAACUGAAUGACGGAAUGGGAUCUGUUGUGGGUGAUAGGGUGGUGGACUGGAGAAUCAGAAAACCUAAGCCCUGUACCAGCAACCCUUUCUGCUCCUGAGAGUGCCACCCUUUGUCAAGACCCAGUGGAAGGAGUAGUGCCCUGUGCCUUUUUAAAUAGCAUCUGUAUGAAAAUCGAAUUGUUCCUGGUUUCCCAAGCCUGGUAACACUCUAAACGCCUGAAUGAAAAGCCGUGGCUUCACAAGCCUGUAUGGUUGUUUGAUGAGCAUUUUUGCAGUCUGACCUUAGGCUGGGCCUAAGUCUAUGUUUUGUUUGUAAACAUUGAAGAAAGGAAACUCCGCCUUUUCCUUCUCAUUGUAAGAUUUUUCUUUUGUGACCUGUUUGCAGAUGGUAAAUCUGGCAUCCUUUGGAACAGUGUUUCUUCAGCUUGACUUGUAUGCUUUUAUAGAGUAUGGCAUGCUCCAUCACUACAAGAUUUAUGUCAAGAAAGGUGUAAACAUUUCGUUAAUAAA